AUGCAGGCAGCAUCAGCAGGAAACGCGUUUCGUCUCGCUUCUUUCAUUCACGAAAUUCCAGCAGCAAGUCUGCUGGACCCCAUCAGGCUGCUGAUGCAUGGUAUAGGCGGAAAUGGUAAUACGCUGAGGAUGUUGGAUAAUUUGUCAAGAAACGAAUUCCCGACCCUCCCUAUAGCUGCUGCGCAAGUGAAAAUCUGGUUUCAAAAUCGACGGAUGAAGUGGCGGAACUCCAAGGAACGCGAGCUUCUGGCAUCCGGUGGCACACGGGAACAAACCCUGCCCAACCGCAACAACCCCAACCCGGACCUGACAGACGUGACGACAUCAGGAGUGACGUCAGCAACCAGCUCCACGUCGGUGUCCACGAGGCCCAGCCUGAGCAGUAGCCUCCGACACCGCGUCGGCAGUCCCGACAAAUGUGAGGAUGAGACCAAUAACGAUGCUGGUCGCACACAGCACGGGAUUGCAGGCGGCGGUCAAGUGCUGCUGGACGGAAUAAUGUCCGACUUGGAGGAUUCCAUCAGCUCCACGGCAGGGUCACCGCUGGACCCCGGAAGCCAGCACGACGUCAUCAACUACUCCUUCAGUCCCAUAUCCAACAACUCCAAUGGCUGA